GUCAUUUAGGACAUACGCCUAUAUAUUCACCCAUGCCUCCGUCAGAACGUACAACACGUUCACCAUUACAGUCGUCUAUUUCACCAUCAAAUGAUUACCUUGCAGAUAUCACACAAGGACGCACAAUAGCUGGACUAAGUAUAGCAGACACGAAAUGGGAUUUAGAAACAGCAGACAAUGAUCCAGCUGCACUAGACGAAGAUUUCCUUGAAACUUUACAACUACUCUCUUCACAACAUUCAUCAACUAUUAUCAGCUAUAAGCGUCUCUUGGAAAGCUCGCAAGGUAGCUCAGCGGCGCAAUUAUAUGCUUUACAAGCUGAAAUACGUGAUAUGAAAUAUGAAUUGAGUCGUUUAGAGAAAGAGAAUCAUGAUUUAAAAAUAAAUAGACCAGUUACAAUGCAGAAUUUCUCAUCGCGUACUGAUCUUUCAAACAUACUUCGACCAAAUUUUGAUGAAAUUGCUGUGAAAAGAGCAGUUAAACAAUUGCACCAAGAUGAACGAUUAAGACUCCUAAGAGUAGUACUAGAGAGCGCAUUACCACAUGAUAUCUCAACAACAAUAAGGAUGCUUGAGAAAUACGCAGCUAGCGCUUUCGAUGUUUUGGGUACGCUCCCUGAAGGAAUUUCAACAGAAAUUCUGUCAUAUCUGGAUGUAAAAGAAGCUCUGAACUGUAAACUCAUCUCAAAACGUUGGUACGAAUUAAUGAAACUUCCUCAACUAUGGCGCGCUUUUGUCUUGCGCUUGACAGCUUCAGAUCCUGAUCCAGUCGUACCACCUGAAAACGAAGAAAAUUGGGAGUCCCUCUAUAGAGCGCUUCACUUUAGAGAACGAAACUGGUCGAAAGGUAUAGCCCAAUCGAUAAAGUUCUUACCGGGACAUACAAAUUACGUCACAUCUAUGCAGCUCAAAGGUGGCAUUCUCGUUACUGGAUCCUACGACCAAACAUUGCGCAUAUGGGAUCUCAAGAAUGGAGGCGAAUGUAAGAGCAUUUUACAAGCCAAAGCUAUUAGUUGUUUAGAUUACCUCCCAAAUCAUAAAAUCUUAGCAGCUGGUUAUUUUGACGUUGGUCGGGUAGUCGUCUACUCGACAUUGACAAACCAGCCAUUGCAGAUGUUACAGGGUCAUAAUAGGGGUAUUCGCGCAGUCGCUUGUAAUGACGAGUUCCUUGUCUCUGCUGGUCAAGAUAAAGCACUCGUCGUUUGGAAUUGGAGAACAGGCGAUAGAAUAGCUCGCUUCGGUCAACAAACUAACGUUUCAAUUGGUGUUCAACUUAUAGAUGCGGAUAAAUUCAUAGCUGUCACCGUAGACUCCAUCAUACGUUGUUUUUCAAUAACAAAACGUGAAAUGACAUCGCAAUAUAGAUUAUCAUCGUUAUCACCAGAACUAAGUGGAAUUGGUUACACUGCUGACACAAUGCUAACAUGGUUCGGUGCUGAAGGUCUCAGCAUGACAUGCGCAACGAAGAAUCACCUUAUUCAUCUCCAAUGGGAUGAAGGUGAAGAGGAAGUAGUGCUCAGUGCUCCAGCUCCAGCGGCACCUGCACCUACUUCCACACUUAAGCCGCGCACAUCCAGGGCCUCAAUUGGUGCGCCACUCGCCAAGAACGGCAGAAGUGGUCCACGUAAAUCAGGAAUACUGCCACCACCAAUACGCAAGAAUAGCUCUGAUGAGACGGCCUCAGAUGUUAACAGUACACAGUCGACUUCCAACCCAAGUGCGCAUUCUUCAGUCCAAUCGGGUCAAACUCAAAUUAAGAAGAGAAGUGCGCCAAUAUUGAUUAAAGCGCCAAAAGUUGUACAAAUUACUCACACCCAAAAUAUGGCACCAGUUGGUGCAACUGAUGUUUCUAAACAUAGAGUCGUCACUUCAACUCGUUUCUCAUCUCGUUCAGGUGCAGAUAGAAGAUUAUUCUGUUCAACGUUAGGUGAAACCGUACCUAUUACUGGUGUUUGGGAGGAACUCUCUCCACGUCCUGAGGAAGUCACUAGCGAGGAAGCGAAAGAGUCGCUCGCGAAUAGUAAUAGAGGUCCAUUAUCAAUUUGCAUUGAUCACCAGCAGGCUGUAUUCGGCUGUGCAGAUGGAACUGUAUACAGUUUGUCAUUCGUUGGUGAAACACAACCAUCUUCUUAACUAUAUCAACAACAUGCAUACCAAAAGAACAGUAAAAUAUACAAAAAGGAUAGUAAUACCCGCUUUAUCUUCUAAAAUUUCUUGUCAUGACAUAUUUCAAUGAAU